AUGAAUGAAGUCACUACCUGUGGAGAAGUAAACACAAACUUUUUGUUACUUCUUGGUUUGACUCUUUCACCACUUGCAUUUAUUCAGAGAUUUCACCGAAACAAAAUUCACGUCAACUUAUCACAUCGUUAUCAAAUCACGGAAAAUAUAAGUUCUCUUCAAACAUUAUCACCAAUAGUUGCAUUUCAUUCCUUAUUCUUGGCACUUUAUUUGGGCGCACUGUUUAUGUACUUUGCUAUCGAUUUCAAAUUUUCACCAAAACAGUUUGCUAUUUAUCUCGAAAGUGUGCAAUUAACUCCGUUAUAUGCAUUAACUUUACCAAUUGCUAUAGUUUGGACAGAAAAACACGUCAGGAAAACUACCCAAGAAAAUUGUCAGAAGGCUAUCGAAUUAACGGGCAGUGAAGCAGCUAACCACUAUUUUACAAUUUUUGAGACACCCAAAGGAAAGAAUGGUUGA